UGUGAGCCUUUUACUAACCUUUACGUGGUUUGCGAUAGAUGGACAAAAAAAGGUCAUAUCAUAAAGGAUUCCCUCAAAAACCACUGAAUUCUCUUUUCACCCCAAAGAAAUAUAAAAUAUAGCUUAAUGAUAUCUAAGUUUUUUUGUGUGUACACACUUAAAUGAAGCUAAGGUUUUCGGAUACUACGCAUAAUAAAAACUUAGUUUCACAUAAAAUAUAUCUUAAUUGAAUAUUAAGGCACUACUACACAUAGGAAGAUAGAUUUCUAACUAUUAAACUGUAAACAAAUGGUAUAUUAUAUAGGUAACUGAUCCAUUCCUCAAUCAAAACAACAGAUAGCAAAAAAACAGGAGACUUCUUUGUUCACAGUGAUUGCCGGUGAUAUCUGUCACGUCAAAUAGAGUUUGACAAAUAAACUACAGCAUUGAAUAGUGAUUAACACAAAUAAAAACAAGAAAGAGUAUUAAAUAAUUUUAAAAUAAUAAAAAUGAAUGAGACACCUACUUCGAACUUUCCAGAACCGAGGAGGAUAGGAGUAUGGACUGAAGGAGCUCCCGUUGAAACGAGGGAAUUUGUGAUGCCUAAGAAAUCAGCGGAAUCCAUCGACGACAUACCGACUAUACCCGACCUAGAUGACUUGCAAGACAUACUCGAAAAGGAAAUAUCUAAACCUCCCAUGUCUGAACAUCAAGAUGCUGAGACAAUGAAUACUUUGGCUGAAGUAAGAGGAGUCAGCGGCUCGGUGGAUGGCAUAGAAGCUGCCAUAGAGGUUCUUAAGUCGUAUAUACCAGAAGUAGAACCUGACACAGCUGACACAGUAUGGACCGUGGACACCCUGCUGGCUCAACUCGCUGAAGAGCUGCUCAUUCAAUAACUCCCUGAAUUCAUUACACCUCAUAAUAUCCGUUUGUUUAUGUGAUAACCAUUGAAAGGACUUGUAAGACGAGUUCUAAUGUGUACGGAAGUUUAUUUAAUGGUGUUAAGGAAGUGUAUUAAAACGAGAUGUUUAUUUAAUAAUUUAUUUUAUAAAAAGUCUUUAUAUUAUUACUUAAGGAAACAAUAACAAUGUGUACGACCUUGUUCCGUCCAAGUGUUUUAUACAACUGCUGUUAUUAUUAAAUUUAUAAACAUAAAAAAUAAGGCAUUCCACAUGUAAUUCAAUUAAAAUAUCAGUGCAUUUCCUUAAAAUAAAGUAUUAGUAACAUUGGG